GACUCAUCCGAGGAAGUUGACCUGACCAUGGUUUAUCAGGCAGCGUCACACGGAGAUGUCAACGCUCUGACUGCAGUGAUUCGAGAAGACCCUUCCAUCCUAGAGUGUUGUGACAGCGAAGGGUGCACGCCCUUGAUGCAUGCGGUUUCUGGACGUCAGGUGGACACAGUGAAGCUGCUGUUGAAGAUGGGAGCCAACAUUAACACACAGGACGCUUACGGCCGCACAAGCUUAUGUCUCGCAACGUACCUGGGUUGGCUGGAAGGCUGUGUGAGUCUGCUCAGGAAUGGUGCCAAGCACAACAUCCCGGACAAGAACGGGCGCCUGCCACUGCACGCCGCCACCGCCGAGCCCGACGUGAGGCUCCUCACGGUCCUGUUGCAGCAGUCAAGCCUCAGUGAGAUCAACCACCAGGACAAUGAGGGAAUGACCCCGCUCCACUGGGCAGCCUUCCACAACCGACCUCAACACACGCAGCUGUUGUUGAAGAAGGGGGCAGACCCCACGCUCGUGGACAAAGACUUCAAAACUGCUCUGCACUGGGCGGUCCAGAGUGGAAACAGGAUUCUGUGUUCCAUCAUUCUGAGCCACCCCCAGGGCCCGUCCAUCGUCAACCAUGAUGACGAGAGUGGGAAAACCUGUGUGCACAUCGCGGCGGCCGCAGGCUUCAGCGACAUUAUCAGCGAGCUGGCGAGGGUCCCCGAGUGCAACCUGCAGGCUCUGGAUGUGGAUGACAGGACGCCUCUGCACUGGGCUGCGGCUGCAGGGAAGGCGGAGUGUGUCCAGUCCCUGCUGGAGCUGGGCAUGGACAGCAGCCUGCGGGACAUCAACGAGAGCACGCCCCUGGCCUAUGCCCUGUACUGCGGCCACUCGGCCUGCGUCAGACUCCUCUCCCACGACAGCAGAGCAGAGCCCCCACAACCCCUGCCCCCCCAGAACAGCAGGCCACAGAAGAAGGAGGGACGUCUCGGCGUGCUCAACCAAAUCUUCUGCAAAAACAAGAAAGAAGAGCACAGAGCGCCCCCCAAGGAGCAGGGCCGGGACCGGCACAGGGGAGAGGACUCUUCGGAAGUCGAUGACAUCAUCACCACCUUCGACAGCGUCGUGGAUACCAACUGCCCAGGGCAGCCUGGCGAUCAGGUGGCUGUGGUCGACUUUAAGAAGAGGACCUCUGAGAAUUCAAAAUAUCUCUUGCCGGAAAAGAAACCUCUGGCCUGCAAGGGGCUGCCGCCAAUCAGAACACAGAGUCUCCCACCCAUCACCCUGGGCAAUAACUUCCUGACUGCCUCCCAUGGGGCCACGUCCCACGCUGGCCUGAGCUCAGGCACUCAGUCGACAGCCCAGAGAUCUCAGAAAAGCCGAAGCGAACAGGACCUACUAAAUAACAGAACCGGCUGCCAGGCAUUGCAGGAUGGCCUGUGGGGUGGUGAUGCUAAUCAGGCAUUCUCCUGCAAAGCUUGGACCCUAUCUUCUUCAGAUAAGCUGCUAGACAGACUGCUCACAGCCAGGCCUGGUCACCAGGAGGGCUCGGGGCCACCACAUCUUCCACAUCGACCCAGUCCGACAGCAGGACAAAACUUUCAGCAUCUCUCCCCAAACCAACCCAAAAUCAGGGAGCUUCCCUUCACUCGGAACAACCUGGCUCCUCUACCAGACCAAAAAUUUCUAUCUGGAGAACCGCUCCGGACAAACCGAGUGCUUCCUGCUAUUCCAAGUCACCGGGGACACGGCACACGCGCUGGAGAGAGUGAGCACCCUGACAGUCUCACCAACGAUGGAAACUAA